UAGAAAGACUCCUGUAUUUGCCUGUUAUCUGGACCUGUCAAGGGCUUUCGACCUGGUAUCUUACAAUAGGCUAUGGCAGAAGAUGAAAGAAGAGACUGACAUACCUAGUGAAGUCAUUUCCAUUAUUAGGUACUGGUAUAGCAGGCAGAAAAACAAUGUUAAGUGGGCAGGGGCGCACUCGGAAGUGUAUGGGUUGGAGUGCGGGGUGCGGCAGGGUGGGUUAAGCUCGCCCCGACUGUUCAACCUGUACAUGAACCGACUCAUCGAGGAGCUGAGCAACACCAACCUAGGAUGCUCAGUGGAUGGAGUUUGCAUAAAUAACAUCAGUUAUGCCGAUGAUAUGGUGUUGCUCAGCCCUUCGAUUAGUGCGUUGCAGAAAAUGUUGCACAUCUGUGAGUCAUACGCGGAGACCUAUGGACUUAAAUAUAACACAGUAAAGAGCGAAUUCAUGGUUUUCAAGGCCGGCACUAAAACAUAUCAUGAUGUACCACCUGUCAGGUUGUGUGGAGCACCGUUAAAGCAGGUACAGCAAUUUAAAUAUUUAGGGCACUGGGUCACCGAUGACCUAAGUGACAACCUUGAUAUAGAGAGGGAACGUAGGGCGCUGGCUGUACGUUGUAAUAUGCUGGCCCGGCGGUUCGCGCGUUGUACUGAUGCAGUCAAAGUAACCCUUUUCAGGGCGUACUGCCAAUCCUUUUACACGUGUAGCCUAUGGGUCAGACAUACGCAGCGUACAUACAGUGCCUUGCGCGUCCAGUAUAAUGAUGCGUGUAGGGUGCUGUUCGGGCUGCCGCGACACUGCAGCGCCUCCGUGAUGUUUGCGGAGCGGCAAAUUGAUGGCUUUUAUGCCGUUAUCAGGAAGCGGGCCGCCUCGAUGAUGAAACGUGUGCGCGGCUCCACGAACACCAUCCUACAAACGCUGGCCGAGAGGUGGGACUCCCCGAUACUUAGGCGAUGGAUGCAGCUCCAUACCACAGCGGGGAAAUAAUAUAUAUUUUUUUUUGAUUAGGCCAAUUUAUUACUAACAUAGUUCUUAAGGAUUUACCCAUUGUCACUAACAUAUUUAAUUAUAAUUUUAAUUUUAAUUUUUAUCU